AUGUGCCUUGGUAGACAGUCGGUGGGCUCUGGUAUGCAGCUCCUCCUAGGGAUCCUGUGUGCCCUGGCUGGUACACAGAUCCUCCCGAGGACUCAGGAGGAGUCCCCCUCCCCUCCCCCUGUUGCGUCUGCCAAACCACAGAUCAGAGUUAACCCCUUCAACCGUCGCUCAACACAGCACAUGUCAGCAGAGCACCUCAACACAGCACAUGUCAGCAGAGCACCUCAACACAGCACAUGUCAGCAGAGCACCUCAACACAGCACAUCUGUCCCUCUCUACUCUCCUCUGACUGUCUCUCUACAUCUCUCCUAUUGUUUAAUCCAGCCUGUCUCUCUGUCCUCUCCUUUCAGGGUAAACCAGACCUGAACACAGCACUUCCUAUCAGACAGACAGCCUCCAUCUUUAAACAGCCCGUCACCAAAGUGGUGAACCACCCCAGCAACAAGGUGAAGACAGACCUGCAGAGAGCCACAGAGCAGCCCAGACAGCUGUUCUGGGAGAAGCGGUUGAAAGGCCUGAGGGUGUCAGCUAUCACAGAAGAGGUCCUCAGGAGCAUGGAGCUUCCUAAGGGUUUAACAAGCGUGGGGCCAGACACGUCAGACGAGACACUCCUCUCGGCCAUCGCCAGCGCCCUCCACAUGAGCUCCUCCCCCAUCACGGGCCAGACGACCUCGGCUGCAGAGAAGAACCCGGCUAUCUGGCUCAACACGUCGCAGCCCCUGUGUAAGGCCUUCAUAGUCACCGACCAGGACAUCCGGGAACAGGAGCUAAAGGUGAUCCAGGCCCGCAGGACUCUGGAGGAUGCACUGAUGGCAGAUGGGUUGGCGCGGACCGUCGAAUCCAGCAGAGACUCAGAGGAUGAAGCUGCAUAGACCAAACAUGGCAGGUUCCACAAUGCCCAAGACGAAGACAGUCAUCAGACACAGAGGCUACAUCCCAAAUGGCACCCUAAAUCCCUGGAUUAGUGAACUACUUUUGACCAGCCCCUGUCAAAGGGAGUUACAUUAUAUAGGGAUUAGCAUGUUAUUAGAGACUCCUCCAGAGAUGGUCAUCAGUCAGUCUGCUUCUGAAGACGAACGGACCCGUGCACAACGUCAUACAUCCCUUGAUACCUAAACUCACCUAGCUUCAAACCAAGGCCUUUUUUUUCUUUUUUUUGGACUAAACUAUUGUUAAUGUAAAUAUCUAUAUAUAAUUUCAGAAGAAUGCUUAUUUUGUGUCAUAAUUUUUUUUUUUAUAAAGGUGAAUAUUGAGCAAUACUAUUUGAACUUCUGGGAACUUUGUUGCAAUCUGCUGGAUUGGCAUUGCUAACUAUUUUAGGGAUUGAAUAUUAUUUUCAAGGUUUGUAACACAUGAUUCAUUUACAUGAACAUGAAUGGAAAAAAACAACCUCUUAUUUAAGACAAAUUUUAUACCUUUGAGAGAAAAAUGUGUAAAUUUCUUGCAUCAUUGUUAGAGUAAAUAAAUCAUUAUAUUCACAA